GUCCGAGUCACAGAUCUGAGUUCAGUUCAGUUCAGUUGAUUUCAUGAUGUGGAAUGAGUGACAUGGCAUGUACAACUGACAGCAGGGCACUACCUUCUGGACUUUACUGCCUUUAUCAGAGCUCUGCAAUCCAUUUAUAUACAGUGCUGAUACAUUCUCAACACUUACACACAGAAGAGGACAAGAGAAAAAGCCGGCAGACAAUCAUGAAAAUCCUUGUAGUGUUUGUUAUUGCAGCUUUCUCUGGUUGCCAUGCCAGUAUGAUGUGGCAGGACCAACCAGAGAACAAUAUGGAUCUGGUGAAAAAUGCAUUCUGGAAUUAUGUGUCUCAGGCAACUCUCACAGCUGAGGACACACUGCAGAUGAUUAGAAACUCAGAACUGGGUCAAGAAAUCAAUGACAGGAUAUCUAAAGGUGCUGAUGCCAUCAAUGGAUACACCCUGGCCAUUCAAAGCCAAAUAACUCAUCUGACACAAAACCUGCUGGCCAAACUUUCCCAGGAGGCAGAUCAGUUGAAACUGCGCCUGGAACAGGAAAUGACAUCUGUGCAGUCCCAGCUCAAGCCAUAUGUUGAGGAGAUCAGAGUUGAUAUUGAGGAGCAGGUUGAGCGGCUGAAGAAGGAUGUGGCCUCGUAUGCAGAAACCAUGAAUUCUGAAGCCCUGAAAUCUACUCUGGUUCAGGGGGCUGAGGAGCUGAAGGCAAAACUAGAGAGAAGUUUCAUGGAAAUGAGACCUCAAACCGAGGAGCUGAAGCAGAAACUGGACCAACACUUUUUGGAGUUUCAGAUGAGCAUGACUCCAUUAGCCCAAAGCUUUCAGAGUCAGCUGGCCCAGGGAAGUCAGGAGCUUCAGAAGAAUCUUUCUCCCUAUUCAGAGGAGCUGAGAAAACUGGAUCCAUAUGCCCAGGACCUGAAGGCCCAGUUAACAGCUCUCUGGGAGUCUUUUGACAAGAUCGGCAGAUCUUGAAAGACCUUAGAGACUUUAUGGAGACCUUAUGGAAAUGCAAAAAGGUGCUUCUGUUACCAUUGGGGUUUCACCUAAUAUAUUCUUUGUUGCUCAUGUAUGUUUUUCAAAAAAUUGCUAAAUAAAUACGUAAA